AAAAGUCAAAAAAAACUUGAGCUAAAUCUGAAUAUUUUUGGCAUUUACAUAUUUUUAUCUGUUGUUGCCUUUUGUAAUUUGUGAAUAAAAAGUUGAACGAUCUCUUUAAUGCCCUCACGUCUUCAAGAAGAGUCUUUUCUCCAUAAACUAUACUGCUCUUUCUUGCCCAGUUUACAGGUAACCACUUUUAACCAAAGACCUUGUACACAUUCUCGAGGGCAGUAUUCAUGUCAAAGAAUUCUUGGAGUUAAUAAUACUUGAUGAAAUAGUCGAGGGGUGUGCAAGUUGGUCCAAACAGCACCAUCAAUACCUCAUAUAAAAAGAAGUUACAUUUAUAGAAGCACAACCCAGAAGGUGAACUUCUCAUAUUUUCAUAUGCUAAGGUCUAGGAUGUGAUGAGGUGGAACAAAGAUGAAAGUCGUUGCUUACUAUUUCUGGUCAGGCGCUUUUCUAGAUCUGUGGGCCAUUCUGCACAAGCAUAUCGUUGUGAACCUGUGAUUCGAGUGUCAAACAAUAUUACACAUUUAGGCCGUCAAAAGGAUGGUGUAAAACCUAGCCAGCUAUUGUCUUUACCUCCAUUUCCUGGCUGUCCUUUGCCAGGAAAGAAAGUGGCCACCGGUCCUGACCAACCAUCUUGUCAUGUUACUGCCAUUAGCUGGAUCAAAUACUACUUUGAUGAGAUACCAGGCUCGGUCAUCCAAUCCCAUUUUAAUAAGGGCCUCGUGCAGUUAGAGUUAAAUGAGUUAUUUACAAGCAAGGAAGGACAAACUAGAUUGUUGAGGAAGAUUAAGCAUUCCGAGGUCAUGGAAGUUGGUGCAAGAAUUCAUGUGCCCAUAUCUGUUGCUGAAACAAGAAUAUCAAAACGAUAUGAUGUUAUACCUAGUGGCACUUUGUAUCCUAAUGCUGAUGAAAUAGCAUACUUGCAAAGGCUUGUAUUUUACAAGGAUCCCGCCAUACUUGUUCUAAACAAGCCCCCUAAGCUGCCUGUAAAGGGAAACCUUCACGUGCAUAAUAGCAUGGAUGCCUUGGCAGCCGCAGCAUUGUCUUAUGAAUAUGAUGAGGGUCCUAGGCUGGUACAUCGUCUUGAUAGAGAGAGCAGUGGCCUUCAUUUAAUGGGAAGAACGGAAGAAAGUAUCUCCCAUCUUCAUUUAUUGUUCAGCAACACAAAAAGGUCCAAGUCCCUAUCUAAGGCAUGGAAUGAUGCAUGUGGGUCAACAUAUCAGAGGUAUUGGGCGUUGGUAAUAGGUUCCCCCAAGGUGAAGGAAGGCGUGAUCUCUGCACCACUUACAAAGGUGCUUCUUGAUGAUGGUAGAACUGAGAGAGUCAUGUUGGCUCAACAGUCGGGAUUAGAAGCUUCUGAUGAGGCUGUUACCGAAUAUCGACUGCUUGGUCCAAUGAUCAAUGGAUGCUCAUGGAUUGAGUUGCGCCCUCAUACAAGUAGAAAACAUCAGCUUCGAGUUCAUUGUGCUGAAGCCCUUGGAACUCCAAUUGUGGGCGACUACAAGUAUGGUUGGUUUGUCCAUCGCAAAUGGAAGCAGAUGCCGAGAGUAGAUGUUGAGCCGAUAACAGGUAAACCCUACAGAUUAAAGAGGCCGGAAGGUUUGGAUGUUCAGAAAGGAAGUGUCUUGUCUAAGGUCCCUUUGUUACAUCUGCAUUGUAGGGAGCUUGUGCUCCCAAAUAUUGCCAAAUUUAUUGAGCUUCACAGUCGAAAAACAAGAAAAAACACAGAUUAUAGCUCAAAACCAGAUCUCCUCCGGUUUGUAGCACCGAUGCCAUCUCCCAUGAAAAUUAGUUGGAAGCUUAUGUCCUCUUGCUUGAUAUGAACAUAACAAGUAAUAGCAAUAAAAAGCUACUACUUGUUAUGUUGUUGUUGUUCUACUUGAUUAUUUCCUCAAGCUAAUAUUGGAGGUUUAAUGUGUACAUAUUCUAUAUUUUUUGGAAGAAGCUAUUUCAUAUAUAUUUCUAGUGA